GCGCAGUAGCGCCUGAUGGUAUUUAAAUAUGGGGUGAAGAUUCCAGCAGCUCCACAAACACACACGGUUCUUCUUCUCCUCAUGAUCAGUGUGUGUGUGUGAGUUACACAUCACGAUGAGCUGGGCCAUCGCCCCUCUGGCUGUCGGGAUCGCCACUCUCCUGCUCGUCCAGAGGAAGUUGUACCCGUACUUCUGGGAAGACUUGCUGUAUUACGCGAGGGUGCGGCGCGUGGGGAAGGCGAUGAUGGCGAGGAUGAAGCGCGGAGUUGUCACAUAUCUCCAGUGCUUUGAGCUUCAAGCCAGAAACAUCCCCCAGAAAGCGUUCAUCGUGUUCGAGGACCAGGUGCUCUCGUACAGGGACGCAGAUGUGCGCAGUAACCGAUUCGCGAACGUGUUGCGGUCUCACUGCGGGCUGAGACACGGGGAUAUCGUGGCGCUCCUCAUGAACAACGAGCCGGACUUCAUCUGCGUCUGGUUCGGGCUCUGCAAGCUGGGCUGUGAGGUCGCGUUUCUCAACUUUAACAUCAAAUCCCAGUCUCUGCAGCACUGUCUGCACAGCUGUGGUGCUAAAGCGCUCGUCGUCGGCUCAGACCUGAUGGCGUCUCUGGAGGAGGUGCUGCCGACGCUGAUGGACUCUGGGAUAGAUGUGUGUGUGGCAGCAGAGAGAUCCUCACUGAAGGACUCUGGGAUAGAUGUGUGUGUGGCAGCAGAGAGACCCUCACUGAAGAACAUCAGGACUCUGCUGGACCAGCUGGACUCGGCCUCCCCAGAGAAGCCUGAGCUCGACGCUCCUCCACCAAACCUCAUGGACAACUUCUUGUUCAUCUUCACAUCUGGCACUACAGGACUGCCGAAGGCUGCUCGGAUCAGUCACAUCAAAGCUGUGAUGUGUAUGGCCUUCCUCCGCCUGUGUGGCGCUCGUGGCAGUGAUCGAGUCUACCUGCCGCUGCCGCUCUACCACAUGUCUGCGUCGCUGCUCGGCAUCGGCGGGUGCAUCCAGCUCGGGGCGACGUGUGUUUUGAAGAGGAAGUUCUCUGCCAGCCAGUUUUGGAAGGACUGUCUGAAGUAUGAUAUUACUGUCUUUCAGUAUAUUGGAGAACUCUGUCGAUAUUUGGUCAAUCAACCAAAGACUGCAGAGGAAGCGUCUCAUAAAGUCCGCCUCGCCGCUGGAAGUGGACUUAGAGCGGAUGUCUGGAAGGAGCUUGUCAGACGGUUUGGAAAAAUCCAAAUUCGCGAAGCUUAUGGUUUGACGGAGGCCAGUAUUGGCUUUGUUAAUUACACAGAUGAAAUUGGACCAAUUGGACGAGCGAGUUAUUUUAAUAAGCUCAAUCUGCCUUUUGAGUUUUUAAAAUGUGAUCCACAAACGUAUGAGCCCAUACGGACCGACUCGGGACACUGCAUUAAAGUGAGUAAAGGGGAAGCAGGGUUACUGGUGGCUCCAGUGAUGUUCACCAACCCUUUCCUGGGCUACGCCGGGGAUAAAGCCAUGUCUGAGAGGAAGCUGCUGAGGGACGUCUUCAGGACGGGGGACGUGUAUUUCAACACAGGAGAUCUGAUGCUUCAGGACCACAGGGACUUCGUCUACUUCAAAGACAGGAUUGGAGACACGUUCAGGUGGAAAGGAGAAAACGUGUCCACCACUGAGGUGUCCGAGGUGCUGGGCGGCCUGGACUUCCUCCUGGACGUCAGUGUGUAUGGGGUCACUGUACCAGGAUACGAGGGUCGAGUGGGAAUGGCUGCUGUUGUCCUGAAGGAUGAUCAUGGAUUGGAUGGAGAGAGACUCUACAGUCAUCUGAUCCACACACUCCCUCCGUACGCAUGGCCGUGGUUUCUAAGAGUUCAGACUUCCUUAGACAUGACGGACACGUUCAAGCAGCAGAAGGGAAGACUGGUCCAGCAGGGCUUCAGUCCUCACACAGUCCAGCAGCCGCUCUACUUCCUGGACGCUUCGCAGAGAACCUACACCCCCCUCACUGCACACACGUAUCAACACAUCGUAUCAGGCAAGAAGAGACUGUAGAUGCAUUGUGGGAAAUGCAGUGAGCCG